ACAGACAGACAGACAGACAGACAGACAGACAGCAGCACCGCCACAGCACGCACACAGAGCGCAGCGGCACCGCGCACAGCUCAGCGGCACCGCGCAGGGCUCAGCCACAGCGCACCGCGGCGCCGGCAGCGGCAGGAGGACAAGCAGCGCACGGUGCUGGGAGCCCGGCCGGCGGCACUGCCCGGAGAUGUCGGGGGUGCUGGUGAUCGCUGCCUGGUGCUUCCUGCAAGUGGAGAGCCGGCAUCCCGAAAUCAUCACGAGUAACAGCAAUCAUGGCAAUUUCCUGGACAACGACAAAUGGCUGAGCACCGUUUCGCAGUACGAUAAAGACAAGUACUGGAACAAAUUCCGGGAUGAUGAUUAUUUCAGAAACUGGAAUCCAAACAAGCCGUUUGAUCAAGCCCUUGAUCCAUCCAAAGAUCCCUGCCUGAAGGUGAAGUGCAGCCCACACAAAGUGUGUGUCACCCACGACUACGAGACCGCGAUCUGCGUGAGCCGCAAGCAGCUGGUGCACAGCCUUCGACAAAAGAAAGGCAACUUGGCCCAGAAGCACUGGGCUGGAGCAGCCAACAUGGCAAAGUGCAAGCCCUGCCCCGUGGCCCAUUCCAGCGCUGUCUGCGGCUCCGACGGACACACCUACAGCAGCCAGUGCAAGAUGGAGUUCCAUGCAUGUACUUCUGGCAAAACCAUCACAACUCGAUGUGAAGGGCCCUGCCCCUGCCUGCCAGGACCUGAAAGUAUAAAACACAAGACAGAGAAGACUGCUUGCACAGACAAAGAGCUGAGGAGUCUGGCGUCGAGGCUGAAGGACUGGUUCGGUGCCCUUCACGAGGAUGCCAAUCGUGUCAUCAAACCCACGAGCUCGGAGACAGCACAAGGCAGAUUCGACACCAGCAUCCUACCAAUCUGUAAGGAUUCCUUAGGCUGGAUGUUCAACAAACUUGACAUGAACUAUGACCUGCUGCUGGAUCCCUCGGAGAUCAGUGCCAUUUAUCUGGAUAAGUACGAGCCGUGUGUCAAGCCCCUCUUCAACUCCUGCGACUCCUUCAAAGACGGGAAGCUUUCCAACAACGAGUGGUGCUAUUGCUUCCAGAAGCCAGGCGGUCUUCCUUGCCAGAAUGAAAUGAAUAGAAUUCAAAAGCUAAGUAGAGGGAAGAGUCUGUUGGGUGCUUUCAUCCCCCGGUGCAAUGAAGAAGGUUAUUACAAAGCCACGCAGUGCCAUGGCAGCACGGGGCAGUGCUGGUGUGUUGAUAAGUAUGGGAAUGAGAUAGCUGGCUCCAGAAAGCAAGGCACAGUCAGCUGUGAAGAAGAGCAAGAAACCUCAGGGGAUUUUGGCAGUGGUGGAUCUGUUGUAUUGUUGGAUGACUUGGAAGAGGAACCUGAAGCAACAAAAAAAGACAAAGAAGGGAAACUGAAGAUUCAUGUAAGAGCAGCUAAUGAAGAUGAUGAAGAUGAAGAUGAUGAUAAGGAUGAUGAAAUUGGUUAUAUAUGGUAGUGCCCAUCAUGAUGAGGACUCACGUUUUGCACAAUAUUGCAAUUCACAUCAUAUCUCUGCAAUUGUAUCUGAGAGUACCUGGCACAAAAAUUCCCUCUAUACUGAGUUUAAUUUUGUAUAGCCAAUUUAAUUUGGAUGACAACUUUUUUUCCAGCAAGGACUGUUUGGAAUACAGCUUUUGUUCAGUUGGUUUGGGGGAUUUUUGUUCUAUCCACAGGGGCAAUGAGUUUUGUUUCAAAACCAUUUUGUGUCUUAAUCCUCACUUGCACCACUUACGAAAUCUAUCCUGUGAAAGAAUCCUGGAAGGGGCUCAAAAAAAAAAACAAUACAAAGGCUUAGAAGCCCCUCUCAUGUCAGAGAAUUUGUGUCAUAAAUUGUUACCUGGAUCAUAUCAGAAAAAGUUUUUCUUUCAUGAAGAAGGAGAAGUAGGAGCCUCAUUUUCUAGUCCAUAUUUAUAAUGUCCCAGUGAAGAGUAAGUCUCUUUGGACAGUGGCUGCCCAGUUCCAGGGGUUUAAUCCAGAAGAAAACCCACUGGCAGGACUUUCCCUUCCUUCCAUUCUUUGAGAAUGAGUCCAACAGGCUUAGUCCAGCUCACACUGAAGACAAAACUCCCACCAGGGCCCAGAUCAGCUCACUG